UAACCCAUUGAAUUUACGUAGAAGAUGUUGUGCAUGUAACGAAGGAUUUGAAGACACCGAUAUACACGGCACAACACAAAGCAAAGCGAAAUUAAGAAACAAAUAUUCUGUGUGUUUUUGUUCCUCUCAAUGCCCGGUUUUUACUCUCCUUCUUCGUCUUCUCUUGUUCCAUGAGAGAAAGUAAAACGCAAAACCCUUCUUGGUUGGUCAAAAAUGAAUGCCAUGAAGCAACAACAACAGAGAGAGCAUUGGGGUCAUGAAAGAACGUAGGAAGCGAAACAGCGUCGUUUCAUGGAACACGCUCUUCUGGUGUACACUACUCGUGGUCAUCUCUUCCAUCUUCUUCACCACCCUCUUCUUCUCCCCCUUCGACGCCGCGCUCUCACCGCUCCCGUUCACGUCGGAAACCCCACCCACCAUUUCUCAACCCACAAUCACCAUCCGAGAAACCGUCAUGCUACCCGACCAGGCUCUCAUUUUCCUAAACUACCCUCCGUCUUUCCGCUUCCACGCCAAAUACGACCUUCUCUGCCUCUACUUCUCCGCCGACUCAACUCGCCGCCGCCUCACUCAGCUGCCGAUUCAGCUCCACUUCGCACGCCUCCGCGAGCAGAUCGUGCGGUGCACGCUCCCUCCGCGUGGCAACUCGGUCUCGCUCUUCGUUAAAUCAGACGGCGUCCUUCCCGCCGCAAAAGAUUCCUCCACACACCCCUGGACCCCUCUCGUCUACGAAGCCCUCUUCGACCGCGACAACACAACCAUCGUCUUCGUCAAGGGCCUCAAUCUCCGACCCGAGAGAUUCAUCGAACCCUCCACGUUAAACUGUAUCUUCGGCUGGGAUUUCUCCAAACCCAAAUUCUUUCUCAAGUCUGAUGUAAUAUCAGGUGCACAAGAAAUCAUAAGGUGCAGAACACCCAAAAGCAUCAUAAUCGGUCAGGAACAGGCCCAGUCAAUCAAAGUCACAAUUCAAGAGAGAGACAGAGAAAUAUUUCCUUCCAUAGCCCGUCCCGGGCUUUGUCCACAACUCAGUUCGUCGAUGCAAAAAGCCCACGAGAUUUGUAUCUGCACCAUGCUCCGCAACCAAGCUCGGUUCCUGAGAGAGUGGGUAAUGUACCACGCCAAAAUCGGAGUCCAACGUUGGUUUAUCUACGACAACAACAGCGAUGAUGAUAUAGAAAACGUGAUUUCCUUCCUACAAAGCGUUGGUUACAACAUCUCGCAACACCUGUGGCCUUGGGUGAAGACACAAGAAGCUGGGUUUGCGCACUGUGCCCUACGAGCCCGGGCCUCGUGCAAGUGGGUGGCGUUUAUCGACGUGGAUGAGUUCUUCCAUAUAAGGGUGAAUGGGGACUUGUCUCGUAUGAUUUUGCACCAUGCGAAGCCCGGGCACAACGUUGGUGAGAUUAGGACACUGUGCUUCAGUUUUGGGCCUUCGGGCCGGCGAGAAGUACCGAGAGAAGGCGUAGCGGUAGGGUACACUUGUCGAUUAAGUGCGAGUGAGAGGCACAAGAGCAUAGUGAGACCUGAGGCACUGAACCAGACUUUGAUCAAUGUGGUUCACCACUUUCAUCUGAGUGCGCCAUUUGUGUCUGUGGAUGCAGAGAAAAGUAAGAUUGUGAUUAACCAUUACAAGUAUCAGGUGUGGAAGGUGUUCAAGGAGAAGUUCUAUAGGAGGGUGGCGACUUAUGUGGCAGAUUGGCAAGAAAAGGAAAAUGUGCGGUCUAAGGAUAGGGCACCCGGUUUAGGGACCAAACCGGUUGAACCUCCUAAUUGGGCGAACCGGUUUUGUGAGGUUAGGGAUUACGGGUUGAGGAAUUGGGUGUUGAGGAAUUUCUUAGAUCGACGCACCCAUCUUCUGCCUUGGCAACCUGAGUAUGAGAAUCAUAUUAGAAGAAGACCAAGACCAAAGGACAAAACACAACCAUUUUUUUAGUGCUAUAAUUUUUUUCUUCAUUUUCAUUUUAUAACUUUACAUUAAUGUCCUCUUGUAGCGAUUAGUUUAUCGUCUUGUAGAUAAGAUAUAAUUGGUUUAUUAAUUUGUAUGUGUAUUUGUGGAUAUAGGUAUAAGAAAAUUAUAGGCAUUCACAUAGUCAUGAAUUUUGUGUACAAAGAAUAUACGGCAUACUCCGU